GUUGAAUAUAUAUCAAAGAUCGGCUGUCUUUAUGAUUUGUCUUAGGCAAAUGAUUCAUGGCACCUUCCUCAGAGGCCUAUGCACUGGCAGGCAGUUUCACUACCUGCCCUGUGGCUUUUACGGUGUCAUUCUGGUUUGAGAAAGAGUGAUUUCUAAAGGAAAUGAUCUCCUCUUCUCCAUUGAUGCCGCACACGCACGGUGUUUCGCCAAUGGGUUCUGCCGGACGGAGCGCCGCUAUGGCAUAGUGCGGUUCGGUCUGUACGCGGACCGGGGAGGCUUCUAAGCUAUUACCUAUCCAAUAAUCUAUCAGGGCGAUUAGCUAUUUGCAGCCGGCUGACUCUGGAGACACGGGUCCCUCCAAAUCCGAGUGCAGAAAGACAAUGAAGGUGUAACGCUCCCGGGAUCCUGUUGACUGUGAGGCCCGCUCGCCGGCCAGUAAGGACCCCCGUCCCCGUCCCCGUCCGCACCCCUAGCUCCUCCAAAGGCUCCGCCCCCUCUGCCACCAUGUCGACGCCCAGUGGCAGCCCGGAGAGAGACCGCCCCUCCUCCCCCGCCGGUCUGGACCCCGACCCGCCCUCCACGGGGAGCCCCCUGCUCAGCCCGGACUCCUCUUCCCAUGAUGCAGCGCUGUCGGCGCCCGCCGUGUCCCCCGCCGACUCGGAGAGCCUGAGUCCCGACGAGCUGGAGCUGCUGGCCAAGCUGGAGGAGCAGAACAGGCUGCUGGAGGCCGACUCCAAGUCCAUGCGCUCCAUGAGCGGCUCGCGGAGGAACAGCGGCUCCUCGCUGGUGUCCAGCUCUUCGGCCUCCUCAAACCUGUCCCACCUGGAGGAGGACACCUGGAUUCUCUGGGGACGCAUCGUCAACGAGUGGGAGGAGUGGAGACGCAAGAAGGACAAGCUACUCAAGGAGCUGAUCAGAAAGGGCAUUCCCCAUCAUUUCAGGGCCAUUGUCUGGCAGUUGCUAGGCAACGCCACUGACAUGCCCGUGAAGAACCAGUACUCGGAGCUGCUGAAGAUGUCGUCGCCGUGCGAGAAGCUGAUCCGCCGGGACAUCGCCCGCACCUACCCAGAGCACGAGUUCUUCAAGGGCCAGGACAGCCUGGGCCAGGAGGUCUUGUUCAACGUCAUGAAGGCCUACUCCCUGGUGGACCGCGAAGUGGGAUACUGCCAGGGGAGUGCGUUCAUCGUGGGCCUGCUGCUCAUGCAGAUGCCAGAGGAAGAGGCGUUCUGUGUGUUUGUGCGUCUGAUGCAGGAGUAUCGCCUCAGGGAGCUGUUCAAACCCAGCAUGGCCGAGCUGGGUCUCUGCAUCUACCAGUUUGAGUAUCUGCUGCAGGAGCAGCUUCCGGAGCUCAACGUCCACUUCCGCUCCCAGAGUUUCCACACCUCCAUGUACGCCUCCUCCUGGUUCCUCACCCUCUUCCUCACCUUCCUCCCCCUGCCCAUCGCCACGCGCAUCUUUGACAUCUUCAUGUACGAGGGCCUGGAGAUCAUCUUCCGCGUGGGGAUGGCCAUCCUCCAGUACAACCAGACCGACUUGAUCCAGCUGGACAUGGAGGGCAUGUCCCAGCACUUCCAGAAGGUGAUUCCCCACCAGUUUGACAGCUGUCCAGAUAAACUAAUCCUGCGGGCCUAUCAGGUCAAAUACAAUCCCAAGAGGAUGAAAAAACUUGAGAAGGAGUACACCGCGAUCAAAAACAAGGAGAUGGAAGAACAGAUUGAGAUCAAGAGGUUACGCACAGAGAACCGACUCCUGAAGCAGAGGAUCGAGACCCUGGAGAAGGAGAGUGCUGCUCUGGCAGACAGACUCAUACAGGGUCAGGUGACGCGGGCGCAGGAGGCGGAGGAGAACUAUGUGAUCAAGCGGGAGCUGGCUGUGGUGCGGCAGCAGUGCAGCGUGGCCGGCGACAGCCUGGAGAAAGCGCAGGACACCAUCAGGGAGCUGCAGCAGCAGAAGUACACGGAGGAGUUUGUGACCGGUGUGCAGACCCAGCUGGAGCAGUCCAGACUACAGGAGGCCGAGCUGCUGGGAGCUCUGAAGGAGAUGCAGGACAAAGUUUUGGACCUGGAGAAGAGGAACAACUGUCUCCCAGAUGAGAACAACAUGGCUGCGGUGCAGGAGGAGUUGAGGCAGGCAAAGCUCAGGGAGCUGGAGACUCUGAGGACCUUCAGAGAGCUGCAGGACACUGUGACCGACCUCAACCAGCGCUGGCAGAGCCACAUGUCCCGGGGCAACGGGGGCGGGGGUGGGGGGGGGAACUGGAAGGAGUCCCCCAAGAAGAACGCCCUGAACGAGCUGCAGGACAAGCUGAUGACGGUGCGCCUGCGGGAGGCCCAGGCCCAGGCGGAGCUCAGGGAGGUCAAGCUCAAAGCCCUGCAGCUGGACAGCCAGAACCAGAUUCAUAGCAAGCUGAUUGGCCGCAAUGAGCAGGAACGCUCCGCCCUCCAGGACAGGCUCCAUAUGCUGGCCAAUCAGAACAAGGGGCUCCAGACCCAGAUGAGUGAGAUGAAGAGGAAGCAGAGUGAGGCCGACUGCAAGAACAAAGAGGAAGUGAUGGCGGUACGGUUGAGAGAGGCCGACAGCAUGGCCGCCGUAGCAGAGCUCCGACAGAGGAUCUCUGACUUAGAAAUACAGAAGGAGGAGGGGCUUAUCCAGGGCCAGCUGAACAACUCAGACUCCAGGCAGUACAUCAGUCAGCUGAGAGACCAAAUCACAGAGCUCAAGAAUGAGGUCAGGCAGCUGCGUGGACUCAAGGCCCCCUGUGGUGGCGGCGUCGGAGGCACCAACUACCACCACCACCACCACCACCUCCACCACCACCACCAGGACCUGGUGGGCCUGGCCAGCCCGGCCUCGGCCGAGGGGGACUUCCUGAGCUCGGACGACGAGCUGCUGGCCAGCCCCGUCCCGCCCAACGCCCUGUUCCCCCCGCUGCCCUCCGCCCAUGACCCCCACCCCCUGGACAGCGAGGGCAGCACCGACAGCGAGGUGGAGGAGCGGUGUUUGCGGAUCGGGACCACCGCCACGGACCCCCAGCAGCAUCUGUACGGCAACAUGAUGUGCGCCGCGGAGGCCCUGGACAACUGAGAGAGGGCCCGGGGGACGGGGGGGGGACGGGGGGACGGCAGGAGUACUUCUGGCAUGGAUUGAGAAAGAAGAGAGAAUGGCAGCAGGCCAGCUUGAGUCUCCAUUGACUGUGGAAUGUGUGGUUGGCAUUUUCCUCAACCUUCAUCCACUUUGGUUUUGACUCUGACACACACAUACACACACACACACACACACACACACACACACGACCGGUCAUUUACUGAUGGAAGGGGGGGGUUUCUUAUCAGGUGAUCAAGCAGCGAUGCAUGCUGGGAUAUGGCGCUGUCCGCAGUCUACGGUUCCCUCGCCCCCAUUGAGUGGCACGGAAAAGUGUUGAAAAGUGGCUUUCUGACGACAAUGGACCGUCAAGUUUAUGAUGCAGGGAGCGGGGGGGGCAUACCCCAAUGACAGAAGUCAAGGGCUUGUCUUCCCUGCCCUUAACCCCCCCUUCCUCCACCUCCUCUUCCUCCUAGUCGUCCUCUUCCUCCUCCUCCUGCUCCUCCAACUCCUCCUAGAGAAGCUUCUACCGCCCAGAGAGGUGGACGUAGCAUUGCCGUCCCACUCAUGCAACACCCUCCGUCACUUCAGCUCCGUCUUCUGGUCCUGCUCUCCUAAACACACACACACUCACACACACACACACACACACACACACACACACACACACACACACACACACACACACACACACACACACACACACACACACACAUAUACACACACACACGCACGCACACACA